AUGAAACUCGCAUGUCAAUGGCCCUCACUUAAAUCUUUGAACAGGAAAGUACGAGAAAUAAUUCUCAGAACAAUUGGUCGUUUAGUGAAAUGUCAGGAUCUCCAAGAAGUUUAUACAUUAUUGUCAUCAGUUUUUAUAUCAAUAACUAAUGAAUCAAAUGGCUUAGUAAAAAAUACUGCAGUUGAAACUUCUUGUGAAAGGCAUAACAGAAGACCAAUGGAAAUUGUCUCUACCGGAAUUAUCGAAUUAGAUGAACAACUUGAUGAACUAAUAGAUUAUUCUGGAACUGGAUCCGAUACCCAUGAUAUGUUAGAAGAACAAUUUUGUCAUUUUGAAGGUCUUGAAGAACAUAAUCCUUUUCAAAAAUGGGCGGAAAAAGUGUUUAUUGAAAGUGAGCAACACAAACAAGAAGGAACAGGUAUAAAUCCUCUAUAUGCUCCCGAAAUUGUUCCAAAUUUAAUUAAAAUGAUGAAAUUACUACCACUGUGGUCAGGAAUAAUGAUACCCAUUUUUGGUUUUGGAGAUGUUAUUUGUAGUUCUGCAGCAGUUGAGUCCAGUUUCAACAAAUUAAAAAAUAUAACAUUUAAGCAUAUAUCACUACCAACGGAUAUAGAAUCCUUUCUGGAAAUCCAUUUGCUUUCACUGCGUGGAUCAUCACUAUUAAAAUCUGCAGAAGUAUUUGCAACUGAUAUUAGAAAUGAUGCUGAAACAGAAAAUCCCGUUAUUCAAAAUAAAAAUUAUAAUUUAAACAUGUCAAACUGUCCUUUAUGUAAAUCCGGAUCCUUUCCUUCUAAGAAUGGAGCACAUAAAUGUUCAGUAUGCAAAAUACCGGUCCAUGCACUAUCAGAGUGUUUAGCACAUCUUCCAAAUGAAGAUGAUAUUCGUUUAUGCUAUAGCUGUUUGGAAAUAAACGAAAAGUCCAAAGAAAACAAUGCAACAGAUAACUGGUGUCGACGAUCUAAAAAACAACUGAAGAGUGCAUCUUAUAUCAUUCCUAAUCCUCACUUACGCCAUGUUAACAUUGGUAACUCUCGAAACUUACGUAAUUUACCUUUGCUCAAAAAUGGAUCACGUGCUGUUGAACUUAAGGCAUGUGUACUUAAAAGUCAAAAUACAAACGUAAUUUUGAGUAACACGUGUGCCUUUGACUCAAUUGCAUCAAUGAUUAUGGUUUCAUUCUGUGACAGUCAAAAUUAUUCAAGUGGUCUUUUGAAAAAUAAAACGAAAUUUGUUGAGUUCAUUUCUGAAUUGGUGAAAAAUGGCAUAACUUCACAUACAUAUUCCGAACGAGCAGAAUUAAUAAUCACAUCGCUUAAUCCGAACAGAGAAACAAUGGAAUAUAAUACGACAUUAGUAAUCUGUGAUACUACACCAAAAUCCGUAUUUAAAUAUAUGUUAAGUGAAUUCCCUUCCUUGAAAGAAACAAGCAAAUUCUCAAAUGAAAAAUGUGAGAAAUAUCAAGAGAAGUGUCAAGAUCGUUGUUUUGUUACAUUUACUACUACGAGUGGACAAGUUGAUGAUCUUCAAGAACUUGUAAGUAAUGGAAUGAAGACUGAAGAGUUUAUAUGUAACCACCAAAUUAAUGAGCCGGAAAAUAUACCAUGCGCUUUCUUGCGAAAAACCAGUUGUGAAGUAUCACCACUUCAUGUGUUAAUUGAAAUUUUAUAUUGGAAAGGUGAAAAUAUGCAGCAAAGUAGUGAGGCAGCACCUCACAUAAAAGUAAAACUAUGUGAUAUCCCUGAAGUCAUAAUUCUUAACGGUACAUCUUAUGACCUAAGGGGAGUACUAAAUUACAGACCAGGAAAAAGUUUCCUUAGAAGCUCUAUUGGACAUUAUACAACAUAUGCCAGAAGAAGUGGAGGUAAUUGGGAACUUUACGACGAUUUAAAGAAAAAACCUAUGCCAAUAUCCCAAAAUACAACAGCAUCAUGCGAACUUCUAUUUUAUAGUGUAUAG